AUGGAUUUCCUCUCAAACCUAUCAAAAAAGGAUGAGUCGAAGCACAAUCCAAACGACGCAACAGCCGAGCCGGACCAAAUCAAGCCCACGAAGUCGGAUCUCAUCCACAGCGCCAAGGUGAUGGCUGACGUGGCGCAGGCCCACCUCCGACACGAGCCGAAUAAGUACAACGAAGCUGAGGUGGCGAAUGCGACUGCCGAUCUCCUCAACUCUGCCGCCGAGUAUGGAAAGUUGGACGAAAAAGGGAUCGGAAAAUAUGUCGACAAGGCCGAAGGGUAUCUCCGCCACUACCAUAGCUCCGGCGAACACGAUGCGGCUGGAGGCGGUGGUGGUAAAACGGAGGGCGACUUUGCAAAUAAAUAA